UCUUUAUUUACCUUCAGCUUCACCAGCAUUUCGGAGCAUUAUCGGCGUGAAUACGCAAUUUGUCGUAUAUCUAUGGUUAGGAGUAAGAGUGGAGAGAAAAUUUGGAGAUUGUUUAGUCCUGGAUUAAAACCGUUAACUGUGAGGAUACCGUGAGGAUGUUACUAUUCCGAAUUUGAACAUACGUAAGAAUGUACGGCAGUGUGCAGUGAAAAUAGAGGAUUGGGCUUGAUUUAUAUUUAGAUCAUUCAGAUAGAUUCAGAUAGAUUUACAUAUCGAUAUAAUACGAUAAAAGAAAAUUCACGAUAAAAUCUUGAGGAAGUUCUGAAAAGAUACGAAAACAUAAAUAUGUCAGAUCCGGAACUUGAAGCGUUACGACAGCAACGUCUGGCUCAAUUGCAGGCUCAAUAUAAGGGUAACAAUGCCAAUGAUAAACAAGCGAUGGAAGAGAGAAUGCAACAAAUGGAAGAGAUGAAGCAUGCUAUAUUGACCCAAGUGUUGGAUCAGUCAGCUAGAGCAAGAUUGAAUACACUUUGCCUUGGAAAGCCGGAGAAGGGCAAAAUGGUGGAAGAAAUGCUUCUGAACAUGGCACAACGUGGACAGCUACCUGGCAAACUUGGAGAGAAAGAACUAAUCAAUUUACUUGAAAAUGUGAAUCAACAAACGCAAAAGAAGACAACAGUCAAAUUUGAUAGGAGAAGAGCAGCUAUGGAUUUUGAUGAUGAUAUGGACUUGUAGCAAUUGUAUUGUACAAAUUUUACAAUACAAAUUGUAUUGCAAUUGUACAAACUUUACAUCCAAAAUCAAUUAAAUUAGAGAAGAUACUCAUGAUUCAUAUGUGCAGUAAGUUACAGAAAUUACAAUAUUCACCCCACAUUUUGUUUAGUAAUAAUAUUAUUUUUAUGCUGUACUAAAAUAAAAAAAAAAGUUACUAUCACUUGAAUUUUAAUAGUAGGACACAAGAAUUGAUCAACAUUACCAUUCACUUUGUUAUUAAAUAUAUCGCAUAUAUAUCUGGAAAUUACUAUUCACCUUAUAAUCUUCCAUUUUUCCAACUUUCCAAAAUCGAUUAUUUCCAUACAGAACACACAUGUCAUUUCUCUAUGAUAGUAGUAAUAA